GUUGCUGCAUGUAGCACCCGCGCUCAUGGCUGCUAUACCAGCAUACAAGCCGCCGCCAGGCUUUCGUACAGCGCUGGAUGAUUUUAGGGAUCACCUAGGGAAAAGGUCUGGAGUCCAGCUUGCAAGCUAUGGAGAUUUGCACAAAUUCUCCGUCACUUAUAUGAAUGAAUUCUGGUCUGCUGCUUGGGACUUUUUAGGUGUUAUUGGAUCCAAUAAACCGGAACAGGUAGUCGAUGAUAAUGCGCGGAUUGAUGAAUUUCCAAAGUUUUUCGAGGGUGCGCAGAUCAACUUCGCGGAAAAUAUCCUAGGUAGAAAUCGAACGGGGGAUGCCAUUAUCGAUAUGCGAGAAGAUAACAUCCAAAACCCUGAGGUCUAUUCGUGGCAAGAUCUUAAGGACCUCGUUGCGCUGUUUGCGGAUGCUUUGAAAGAAUCCGGGCUACAGAAGGGCGAGAUCGUUGCACUCGUCGGAGGCAAUAGCGUGCGGUCUCUUGCUUUACUUUUAGCGACAGCAUCAGUCGGCGGAAUUUUCUCUUCGUUCGCUACAGAUAUUGGCGAUAAAGCACUUGACGAUCGCCUGCAAGUCCUUGAGCCACGACUUUUCAUCGCCGAAUCAACGUAUUCAUAUAAUGGGAAGAGGAUCGAUAUUAGUGAUAAGAUUGUCCGAGCUUUUACGCGGUUAAACUCGAAGAGCUGCGAGUUCAUCACUAUCGGGAAGACUUCUACACCUAGCUCUGCGACUCUUUUCGACGAUUUAUUAGCGCGCGCCAAGCGAUCCAGUCUUCAGUUUGAGCGCGUUGAAUUCUCAACGCCGUUGGUUGUGAUGUUCUCCUCGGGAACAACGGGUGCGCCUAAGGGCAUCGUUCAUUCUCAUGGGGGAUUGGUCCUCAAUGGAUUAAAAGAACAUGUUCUGCACCACAACCUAGGCACUGAAGACAUACAUUAUCACUACAGCGGGAUCGGCUGGACUCUUUGGAACAUUUCCCUAGGCUCUCUCCUUGCUGGAGCAAAGAUGAUACUGUACGAUGGCAGCCCUUUCUUUCCCAGUGCGGAGGGUUUCUUGAAGAUCCUUUUCUCUCACAAAAUCACAUCAUUCGGCGCGGGACCUAGAUAUUUCUCGGAGCUGCAGCGGCUCAAUCUAGAACCCAAACGCUUUGCUUCUCAUGUGCACACUGUCAUUUCGACGGGCGCCCUCCUUCCAGUUCCUCUUGCAGAAUGGCUAGUCAAAGCAUUUGGCCCAGUCUGCCAGAUUAACAUGUCUGGAGGUACCGAGAUGUGCGGAUCUUUAGUCAACGGCACCCCCGCUUUACCUUCGUACCCAGGGCAGUCUUCAACGAAAGCCCUAGGAAUUGACAUCGCAAUUUUUGCACCCGAUGGAACAGAGGUCGAGGACGGAGAGAGUGGAGAAUUAGUCUGUCGAAAACCUUUCCCGAAUAUGCCGAUUAUGCUAUUGAAAGACCCAGAUCGGAAAAGAUACUAUAAUUCUUACUUUGCCGGCUAUCCACACGUCUGGACACACGGAGAUUUCGCAAGGGUGGACCCUGUGACGAAGGGUAUUUUCAUUCUAGGUCGAUCGGAUGGCGUACUAAACCCUUCUGGAGUACGUUUCGGAAGCUCGGAGAUUUAUAAUAUCCUCUUGACGCCUAAGUUUUCAUCAUACAUCACGGACGCAUGCGUUAUUGGACAACAACGAGCGCAAGCUCCGUACUUUGAUUCAAUUGAGCAAGUCGUGCUGUUUGUCAAGUGCACGUCGUCGUCCAGCGCCAAAAGAAACCCUUUGAAGCUUGACCCCGGGUUAGAACAGCAGAUCCGCAAGGAGAUUGCAAAGGAACUUAGCAGGAGACAUGUUCCCGCCCAUAUCUUCAGAGCUCCUGAGAUCCCUUACAACGUGAACGGUAAGAAGCUGGAAAUCCAAGUCAAAGCUAUCCUUUGCGGUGGACAGCCUGCGUUUGAGAAAUUGAAGGUGACGGAGGAGGACAGCAGGGCAUUGGCGUGGUUCAAGCCUUUUUAUCAUAUUGAGAAGGUCAUUGAGGAGACUCAGAGACCGAAUGUGAAGUUGUAGAGAGAAAAUGAUAUAAUAAAGUCCAUGUUGCC